AUGGCCUAUCGAAUUUUGGUCGGGUCAUACACCAACGAUAUCUACACCUUGAAUUUCGAACCUGAUACUCCGUCUCUCACACUCACCUCGUCGGUGGACGCCGGGUAUCAUCCGUCCUGGCUCACCUUCAACCCAAUAGAUACAUCUAUCGUGUAUGCGGGUCUUGAACAACAAGAUGGGAAAGUCGUCUCGGUAGAACUUGACAAGGAGGGCCGAGGGACGUUACUCGGAGAAGCUCCCAGCGGUGGAGUUGAUCCUUGCUCCCUGCUCGCUGUUAGAAAUCAGCUUCUCGUCGGAAAUUACACAUCCGGCACAUUUGCUACCGUCCCUCUGUCGGCAGAGCCGCCUUAUCUGCAGGGAUCGCAGAUAUCGGUCCUGUCCUUCCAUGGAACAGGCCCCAACAAGGAGCGCCAAGAAUGUUCACAUAUCCACCAGGUUGUCCUACACCCCAAGCGCGAGGAACUCCUGGUUCCUGACCUGGGCGCCGACGUUGUCCACAGAUUUGCGAGAAGCUCCAAGGGCACUUGGGAGCCUGUUGGAGCAGUCCACUACAAGGCAGGUGGCGGUCCGAGGCAUGUCGCCGUUUAUAACGAUGUACUAUAUACCGUAUUAGAGUUGACGAACGAAGUCACUGCCCACCGAUUUCCCCAGCUUCCAGCGGACCCUAUCCUCAUUGCGACCCUUCCGACCAUGCGCAAUCCACCGCCGACCACUGUCUUAAACAUGCUUGCCGCAGAGAUCCUGCUCCCGACACCAAACGCGACGUUCCCUACACCCUACCUGUACGUUUCCAAUAGAAACGACCCGUCUCCGGAGGGCGACUCUAUCUCCGUUUACUCCGUCGCGGAUCGGGAGAAGCUCGAGCUGGUUACGGAGGUCAGAUCAGGUCUGAAGCACCUACGCGGAAUGGUCUUUGGCGGUCCCUACGACAAGUUUCUUGUCGCUGGCGGUGUGCACGGUGGAGGUGUGAAGGUUUUUGAGCGCGUUGAUGGAGGAAAGGGUCUGAAGGUAAUCGCUUCCAUUUUCCUGGAGGCACCUACUGGUUUCUUGUGGGCAUCAUCUACCGGGGCGCCCAUUACUCCGCAGGGCCUCCCACUGUCAGGGAUCCGCGUCCUUGAACUCGGACAACUGAUCGCAGGGCCAUUCUGCGGACAGCUAUUGGGUCACUUCGGUGCCGAAGUCAUCAAAGUUGAACCGCCGCACGUCGGGGAUCCCCUCCGUGUGUGGAGAGAACUUGACGUCGACGGCGUGAGUCCGUGGUGGCGCAGCAUCGGGCGCAACAAGAAGAGCGUGACAAUCGACUUGCGCAAGGAAGAAGGCAGAGAGCUCGUCAAAAGGCUCGCCAUCAAGAGCGAUGUCGUAGUGGAGAACUUUAAACCUGGGACUCUGGAGAAGUGGAGCCUUGGUCCUGCCGACUUGCAUCCACACAACCCGUCUCUCAUCUUCACUCGUGUCAGUGGAUACGGGCAAACUGGUCCUUGGUCGUCCCGCCCAGGAUAUGCGUCGGUGUGCGAAGCAGAAUCUGGGUUCCGGUACAUCAAUGGAAUGCCCGAUCCCCAGACAGGCGCACUAUCGGGACCUCCUGUACGACCAAAUAUCAGCCUGGGUGACUCGGUCGCUGGGCUGCAUGCAGCGUUCGGUACGGUUUUGGCACUCUUGUCGAGACGGGCAAAGCUUGACAAGGGUGAACCUGGAGGGCAAACGGUAGAUGUCAGCAUAUUUGAGAGUAUGAUCAACAUGAUGGAGGGAAUCAUACCCGAAUAUGACCGCAAAGGCAAGAUACGUGGUCCAUCAGGCUCCUCCGUGACCGGCAUCGUGCCCACCGGUGCAUACCCUUGCAAGCAAUCGCUGAUCUCACCGGAGGUUCCCUCCUACGUGGUCAUCGGCGCCAAUGCAGACACGAUGUACAGCCGUUUGAUGACCGUCAUCGAUCGUCUCGACUUGACCGGCCCCGAGUUCGCGCACAACCACCAUCGGGUAGCCCGCCAGGCGGAAAUAGAAGAGGCCAUCAGUGCUUGGACACGAUCACGCACCGCUGAAGAGGUCGAGGAGGCACUACACGCUGUCGGUGUACCUGCGGGACGCGUUCUGAGCGUGAAGGAAAUUGUGGAGAGUCCGCACACGAAGGCUAGAGGUGUGGUGGAAGAUGUUUGGGUGGGCGAUCAGGAGAGCGGGUGGAAUGUGAAGGUUCCAAAGGUUGCCCCAAUUUUGGAGGGCUGCCAGCCGAAGACGCGCUGGGCUGGUCCCCACUUGGGUCAGCACAAUCGGGAGGUGUUCUUACAAGAAUUGGGGUUAGAGGAAUAUGAGCUGGCGCGAUUGCAAGCAGAAGGUAUUGUUGGAAAGUAG